AUGCCAUGGCAGACUCAGGGAGAGCUGUUCCCAGCGCGAGAGCAGGAAGAGCAGCUCAGGCAGCAGGUGGAAGAGCCACAGGAGAAUGGCCAGAAGAUCCAGGCAGAGCCACAAGCAGAGCUGCCCGAAGCUCAGAGUGACAUCGUGGCAGUAAAGAGAAAGAACAAAGAAGACAUGAGAAGAAUUCAAGAGGAGAAUCUCCAUCAGCAGAGGGGCGAUCAACAAAAUCAGUGGAACGUGGUGACCCAGCUGGAGGAUUGGAACAAGCUGUCUGUAUCCCUUGUGGCCAUAAAGAUAAUCAAUCUUCAAGAACUGAGGAGGAAGGAACUAACCGUUAAUGAAAUCAUGAUCAUGAAGAAGUGUAGGAGUCCCAAUGUUGUGAAUUAUUUAGACAGCUACUUUCUGGGCGAGGAACUCUUGCUGGUUAUGGAGUACAUGGAUGGAGGCGCCCUGACCGAUGUCAUCAGUAAGACCUACCUGUCUGAAGAUGAGAUGGCAGCCAUCAGCCGGGAGUGCCUGCAAGGACUUUAUUUUCUUCACUCAAAGCACGUGAUCCAUCGAGAUGUGAAGAGCGAAAACAUCCUUCUCAGAACCGACGGCUCUGUCAAGCUGGCUGAUUUUGGCCUCUCUGCUCAGCUCACCCCUGAGCAGAGCAGACUGUGCUCAGUAGCUGGGACUCCUUGGUGGAUGGCGCCUGAAGUGGUGACAGGUCAACCAUAUGGCCCCAAAGUGGACAUCUGGUCUUUUGGAAUCGUGGGCAUUGAAAUGGUAGAACAAGAACCUCCUUACUGGAACCAAAGUCCUGACAUGGUUAAACACCUGAUAGCCGUAAUAGGGACCCCACGGCUGCAGCAGCCACACCGAAUCUCGCCUUGCCUGCGUCACUUCCUGGGCUGCUGCCUGCAGAGAGACGAGGAGCAGCGCUGGUCUGCCGGGGAGCUCCUGCAGGAACUAGAUGUAUCCUGA